CCAGAGCAAAGGGCGCCACCCCCAGCGGGGCACGGACAGCGCGGUGGUUGGGUUGUGCGGCGUCCUGCUGUUCCCUCCUACGCAGGGUACUCGGGGGAAGCCGGACACUCGCUCGCCAUGUCAGCUGCGGAGGCGGGGGGUGUUUUCCGCAGAGCCCGGGGCAGGACCCUAGACGCGUUUCCCUCAGAAAAGGAAAGGGAAUGGAAAGGCCCGUUCUACUUCAUCCAAGGUGCAGACCCACAGUUCGGGCUCGUGAAGGCCUGGUCCACCGGGAACUGUGACAGCGGCGGUGACGAGUGGGGGCAGGAGAUCCGUCUGACCGAGCAAGCGGUGGAGGCCAUCAACAAGUUGAAGCCCAAACCUAGAUUCUUUGUUCUCUGCGGAGACCUCGUCCACGCCAUGCCAGGGACGCCCUGGCGGAAGGAGCAGACGGCGGACCUGCAGCGGGUGCUGGCGCGCCUGGACCCCGACAUCCCGCUGGUGCCCGUCAGCGGCAACCACGACCUGGGCAACGUCCCCACGCCGGAGACCGUGGCGGAGUUCCAGCGGACCUGGGGCGACGACUACUUCAGCUUCUGGGUCGGGGGCGUCCUGUGCCUCGUGCUCAACUCCCAGUUCUGGCACGACGCCUCCGGGUGCCCCGCCCUGAAGCAGGCGCAGGACCGGUGGCUGGAGCAGCAGCUGAGCGCGGCGGGGCAGCGCCGGUGCCGGCACGCCAUCGUCUUCCAGCACAUCCCGCUGUUCCUCCAGAGCGUCGAGGAGGACGACGACUACUUCAACCUCACCAAGGCCGUGCGCCGGGAGCUGGCCGACAAGCUCGUCCGAGCAGGUGUCACUGCUGUGUUCUCAGGCCACUACCACAGGAAUGCCGGGGGCACCUACCAGAACCUGGACAUGGUGGUUUCGUCUGCCAUCGGAUGCCAGCUGGGCCAGGACACCCACGGGCUCCGAGUGGUUGUGGUCACCGCCGAGAAAAUUGUUCACCGGUACUACAGCUUGGAUGAGCUGAGUGAGAAGGGGAUAGAAGAGGACCUCCUGGACCUGAUGAGGGAAAAGUGAUGGCCGCUGGAGACCGCUCUUCCCCUGGUUUUCUGCUUUGCCAGAAGCAGCAGCUGCGCCCCCCAACCCUUGUUGAAACACAAAAGUACUCCAGAUUCAUCUGUGGAUUUAUGUCCUUUUGCAUAAAUCAGGGAGCUGGGCCCUCACCUCCUGUCCUAAAUUAUAGUCACAGGAGAGCUGCCCUCACUUUAAAAAUGGGAGGAGUUGGGGGAGCUUGAAAAUAAAAGAAUAAAUGAUACUAGCCUCUCUCA